GGAACGGCUGGAGUGGGCUCUCGGGAAAAGUCUCUUAACGCUGGCGGGGAGGAGCAGCACCUCUGCUCACUAGUGUGUGGCUUAGCCUGGACCUCCUCAUGCAUGACUCUGACCCCGAGAAGGCGCUUCAAGGAUAACCCAGAAGCAAAACGCCUCCCCCGAUGCCUACCAGUUCUCUAAGAGUCUGAUGACAAGCCUUUCACGCCCAGAAAUGGUAAUCGUAUUCUCUGACUACGCCAUCCCGUCUUUUUCGUUCGUCUUCUGCCAGCUUUAUUUUAGGUAACGUAAGCGUUCCUUUUGAACCCUGGGGAAACUAGCUGUAAAAUACGCCGACUUAGUGGGGAGAUGCGGCGUUAAGUGUGCACCACUGCCUUAGACUGAGGACAGCCAGCCAAAGCGCGUGGUACCGCGGGGACAAGACAAGCAGCAGACCCAAAAAUUCGCUGGCCGGGAGGCGGGCGGGGCGAAGCGCGGCCCCGCCCCUGCCCUUUGUGACGUAGGACAAUGCCUGCCACGCGUCGGAACUAGGUUUCUGGGGCGCGAGCGACUCGAACGAGGGUACGUGGUGGUCAUCUGCGGCGAAUUCCAGGAACCAUGCAUUUCUUAUUUAGAUUAAUCGUUUUCUUUUACGUGUGGGGCAUUUUUACUGCUCAGGGGCAAAAGGGAGAGGAGGAAGUGAAAAUAGAAGUUUUGCAUCGUCCAGAAAAUUGUUCUAAGACAAGCAAAAAGGGAGACCUGCUAAAUGCCCAUUACGACGGCUUUUUGGCUAAAGACGGCUCGAAAUUCUACUGCAGCCGGACACAAAAUGAAGGCCACCCCAAGUGGUUUGUCCUUGGUGUUGGACAAGUCAUAAAAGGCCUCGACAUUGCAAUGAUGGAUAUGUGUCCUGGAGAGAAGCGAAAAGUGAUUAUACCCUCUUCAUUGGCAUAUGGAAAGGAAGGCUAUGAAGGCAAGAUUCCACCUGAUGCAACGUUAAUUUUUGAGAUUGAACUUUAUGCUGUGACCAAAGGACCACGAAGCAUUGAAACAUUUAAACAGAUAGACACGGACAAUGACAGACAACUCUCUAAAACCGAGAUAAAUCACUACCUGAAAAAGGAAUUUGAAAAAGAUGAGAAGCCACGUGACAAAUCAUAUCAGAACGCAGUUUUAGAAGAUAUUUUUAAGAGGAACGACCAUGAUGGUGAUGGCUUCAUUUCUCCUAAGGAAUACAAUGUAUAUCAACAUGAUGAACUAUAGCAUAUUUUUAUUUCUAAAUUUUCUUAGCUACCUACUGUACUUUAUAUAUAAAGCAGUCACUUUUCUCCAAGUUGUAUUUUCUAUUUUUCCCCGAUGAACGUAUUUUGAUCCCCUCAAUACAUGUAAUUUUGGAAUAAUAAAUGUGAGACUGUUUUGCAAAGUUAA